AAACUGCCAUUCUCUCUCCCUCUCUAGUAUGUUGUCGUUAGUAGUAUAGCAACAGUUGUCGGGAAAGAGAGCUUUUCUGAUCCAUCGGAGGGGAAAAACCAGGAACAGAAUCAAAUGUGAUGGGAGGCGGAUUUUCGCGUCUCUUGCCGUGUCUGAAACCGGUCGAUCAAAGCCACCAAGCGGAUUUGAUAUUCGCAGCUUCAGAGCCCCUCGACGAAACCCUAGGCCACAGCUUCUGCUACGUUCCUUCUUCUGCUCGCUUCCUCUCACCUUCAAACUCAGACCGUCUCUCACCCUCUAACUCUCUCCGUCUCUCUCCCUCUCACGACCCCAAAACCACUUUGUUCAAGUCCAUCUCUGGCGCUUCCGUCAGUGCCAACACUUCUGCUCCCCGAACUGUCCUCCAACACGACCAUAUCUAUGACGACGCCACUGAGUUUACUGCCGGUGUUGCUUCAAGGUCCAGCACCAUCGUCAAUGGCUUUGAGAGCACAUCUUCUUUUACUGCUCUUCCGCUUCAACCUGUCCCUCGCGGUGGUUGUGGCGACGCUUCCGGUCCGAUCGACCGGGGAUACUUCAUGUCUGGUCCGAUUGAGCGAGGUGCGCUGUCGGGUCCGCUCGAUGUGAACGCCGCCUCCGACGGUGGCGGGGUUCACUUCUCAGCUCCGCUUGGUGGCCUUUACGUAAACAGGAGGAGAAAGAAGGGUAUUUCGGAUAUCCGGAAGGCUUUUUACCGGAGCUUUUCGGACAAGAAGAGACCCUGGGUCGUACCCGUUCUGAAUUUCGUCGGACGGAAAGAAGCCCAGUCUGCUGCGGCAGCGACGGCGGCUUACGGUGGUAGUGGUGAGUCGGAGGGGAAGAAUGAUAGUGUACAGUGGGCCCAUGGGAAGGCCGGGGAAGAUCGGGUUCACGUGGUGGUGUCUGAAGAACACGGGUGGCUCUUCGUCGGGAUCUAUGAUGGCUUCAAUGGCCCAGAUGCGCCGGAAUUCUUGAUGAGUAAUCUCUACCGUGCUGUCUUUAAUGAGCUCCAUGGAUUGUUUUGGAAGAAUGAUGACGACCAUGAUCGCUUGAUAGUUACAGCUCCACAAGAACAACGAGAACAAGAAGGCGAGGGCAGAGAUGGUAUUUCACUGACUGAACCGGAACUGGAACCGGAACCGGAACCGGAACCGGAACAGCAGCCGUCGUCGCAGGGGCUCAACGAUCCGCAGGUGCCGGUGAAGCGAGUGACGUUUCAGCCGGAGCAGAAGAGGGGGUCUGUGAGAAAACCUCUUUGGGAGUUUCUUGCAGAAGAUGGCGCCGAUGAUGGGCUUGACCUUUCUGGAUCGGAGCGGUUUGCGUUCUCCGUGGAUGAUGCGCUCCAGGUUAGUAAUGCCGGUUCAGGCAGGAGAAGAAGGUCAUUGCUGUUGUCGAAGUUGAGAUAUGGGUUCUCCAGGAGCAGUAAGGAAGGGGGACAGAGCAGACAGUUGUUCCCUUGGAGAUACGAUUGGGAAGAGAAAGAGAAGAUUGAGGUUGAGAAUAGAGCAGAUGGGAGAACUUGCAGGAGUUUCAGGAAACGUACGGUGGGUCCCAUUGAUCAUGAAUCAGUUUUGAGGGCUUUAUCAAGAGCUCUUGAGGUCACUGAGUCUGCAUACUUGGAGAUGACAGAUAAGGUUCUUGAUCGAUACCCGGAGUUGGCUUUAAUGGGUUCGUGUUUGUUGGCUGUAUUGAUGAGAGAUGAGGAUGUGUAUGUGAUGAACGUGGGUGAUAGUCGUGCGAUUGUGGCCCAGUAUGAGCCACAGGCAAUUGAUGGUAGUAGUAAUCAAAGGGAAGGGAAUGAUAGUGCAGAUAUGGAGGGUAUUGUAGAAGAGUCCAAUGGUGGUGGUGAUGAGGUGGGUAGGUUGGCAAACAAGGCUUCUGCUGAAAGAAUGAGGUUGACUGCAUUGCAGCUGUCCACCGAUCACAGCACAAGCAUCGAAGAAGAAGUCUUAAGAAUCAAGGAAGAACACCCAGAUGAUAGCCAAUGUAUUGUCAAUGAUAGGGUUAAAGGUCGUCUAAAGGUGACCCGGGCAUUUGGUGCUGGUUUUCUCAAACAGCCUAAGUUGAAUAAUGCAUUACUGGAGAUGUUCCGGAAUGAUUAUAUUGGUACUGCACCAUACAUUUCCUGCUGUCCUUCUCUUUGUCACCAUAAACUUGGUGCCAGUGACCGAUUCUUAGUCCUUUCGUCCGAUGGUCUGUAUCAGUAUUUUACUAAUGAGGAAGUAGUUUCUCAUAUCGAGGAUUUCAUGGAGAAGUUUCCUGAUGGAGAUCCAGCUCAGCACUUGAUUGAGGAACUUCUGUACCGGGCAGCCAAGAAAGCUGGAAUGGAUUUCCAUGAGUUACUGGACAUUCCACAAGGAGACCGCAGGAAGUACCAUGAUGAUGUUACUGUCAUGGUGAUAUCACUUGAAGGAAGAAUAUGGAAGUCAUCCGGAAAAUAUUUGUGAGGCGCCUAAUACAGCUGGAGUCUGCUUCAGUGAUCUCUUUGGGAUAUGAGCUAAUUCAGCAUACAAUGGAUUUGUCAUUCAGUUUGGCUGGUUCCAUUAACAGACCAAUGAAACCCAUGUUUCAUGGGUCCCAUGCAAAAUUCUCUGAUCUUGCACUUGCUGGGAUAAGCACCAAGUAUAGGAAAGAUCCCUGUGUAAUUGGCUUGGGGCUGAUGCUAAAUAUGCAUGAAGGCUGCUUCUUUUCACAAACAGUUGCCAUGGUUGGGUUCCGGAGGAAGGAACAGUGGGAGCUUGUAAGUGGUUAGUCUGGGAAGAGCUUUUGGGUACAGGGUUGGUUUUUCCAUCUUUAUAUUUAUUUUUUUUGCAGAUAAAAAGAAAGGAGGGGGGGGGGUCUUUGGAUUCAUUUGUCCCGUUUGUUUUUUCUUUUCCUAUCCUUCCCUUUAAUUUAUUGGGAGGAAAUAUGUUCUGAAAAGGGAGAGGGAGAGGGAAAGGGAAGGGGGGGUGGGGUUGUAUUUUCUUACCAAUCGUGGACAUUCCCUUGUCAAAAAUGAGCAUUUGUAAUCUUGUAGGUGGUGCUAUUCAGCCACACGUAUAAAAAAUUAAAUUUUCGAGACCCUGUGUUAACCUAUUAUUCUGCAAAGGAUAAGAAAGCAUUUUCUGGAAACAGAUGGACAA